AUGAGACAUGCAAUCAACAACCCUCUCUCAGGCAUGCUUUACUCCAGAAAAGCACUAAAGGACACAGAUUUGAAUGAAGAACAGAUGAGGCAGAUCCAUGUCUCAGAUAAUUGUCAGCACCAGCUAAACAAGAUACUUGCCGACUUGGAUCAAGAUAACAUCAUGGAAAAAUCUAGUUGCUUGGAUUUGGAGAUGGCUGAAUUUGUGUUGCAAGAUGUGGUGGUGGCUGCUGUAAGCCAAGUACUGAUUGCCUGCCAGGGAAAAGGCAUCAGAGUCUCUUGCAACCUGCCAGAGAGAUUUAUGAAGCAACUAGUGUAUGGAGAUGGCGUUCGACUCCAGCAGAUCCUUUCCGACUUCCUAUCUAUUUCAGUGAAGUUCUCUCCUGUUGGAGGUUCUAUCGAGAUUUCAGCCAAGGCGACGAAGAACAGCAUCGGAGAGAAUCUUCACCUUAUUGACCUUGAACUUGGGAUCAAGCACCAGGGACUAGGAGUCCCGGCAGAGCUAAUGGCGCAAAUGUUUGAGGAGGACGACGCGGGGCAGUCAGAGGAGGGGUUGGGCCUCCUGGUCUCUAGAAACCUGUUGAGGCUCAUGAAUGGCGAUGUUCGUCACCUAAGGGAAGCUGGUGUGUCAGUCUUCAUCCUCACCGCCGAGCUUGCUUGCGCUCCAACGGCAACGGGGCAGUGA